AACUCAUUUCGCGUAGAUUUACCUGCGCGCUUGCUGCAGCGAGGCGUGCAUCCCGUAUUCCACUCGUCUCUUCUGCGAGUGCAUGUAGCCAAUGAUGACCGAUUGUUCCCUGGGCGCGCAGAGACGCAGGUGGCGGACUUUGGCGAAGACGGAGGCGAAUGGGCCGUAGAACGAAUUCUGUCACAUAAAGGUAAAGGUUUAGCCGCAGUGUUCGAGAUCAGAUGGAAAGCGGGUGAUAUUACC